UACUAUUCUUAUUUUGGAUGAAUAUUGCAAUCAAUUUUCAUGAAUUAAAUCAUGGAAGAAUAUGUGCCGGUAGGUCAGGAACCUCUCGAUGUUUGCGCCGUUUUUAUAAAAGAGGAGCAAAGGGAGGGUUUGGAGGCGGUACAAACUUUAAAUGAAUAUGACAUAAAGAUCGAAAGGGAUUAUUUUGUGGACGAUGAAGACGGGGAACCAACUUCUCUUGACUCGAACCCACCGCCAGACUCUCCAAAAACAUACACGUGCGAAAUCUGCACCAAACAGUUCGCCCAAAAACGCUACAUGACCGCCCACCGCCAAAGACACCCAGAAUUCAAAGACCUAGCCCUCAAACUCCAAGAAGAGAAACUACGACUCGAGCAAGCCAAGAAAGAACAGUUAUUCAUCUGUCUAUACUGCCAGAAGGAGUUCUGCAACCGAUCAACAGUCAACCGUCACAUGAAAAUCCAUACAGAUGACAAACCAGUGUCAAAAGACUAUAUUUGUGACAUUUGUCACAAAGCAUUUGCACAUAAAAGAGACGUUAGAGUCCAUUUACGUGUACACACGGGAGAGAAACCGUACGGAUGCAAAACAUGCAGUAAAAGGUUCUCUCAACUGGCCAGUCUGCAGUACCAUGCCCAAGGUCAUUCGAAAAUAAAACCAUAUCCAUGCGGUAUGUGCAAUAAGCAGUUCUUAAGGCGCAUCAGCUUGGAACGUCACAAGAGAAUCCAUUCUGGAAUCAGACCCUUCAAAUGUCAGUUGUGUGAAAAAGCGUUCACCCAGAAACGACAUCUGGUGCAGCAUAACCGGUUACACACAAAAUAUAAGCACAGAAAAGUGGGUUCUAAGUUCGGUCGGCAUAAGGACGCUUUUGCUGUUAACGCUAUGGCCACUUGAAGAUUUGUUUUAGAUAAAGUUUGUGAAAUCGCUA